AUGUUGAAGACGAUGGCCGUCAAUGACCUUUAUGUCAAGCUUUCCUAUCGUAACGAGGAGGAUGGUUUUACCGUGUGCCAGACAACCGUCAAGAAGGAUGAUGGUAGCCAAGCAGUUUGGGAUGAGAUCUUUGACUUUCCUGAUCACGUGGUCGAACUUUACGUUGAAGUGAUGGAUCAGACAAACGGUGUCGAUGAGCUUGUUGGUUUCGCUGCUAUUCCCUUGCACCAACAUUGUCAUGGUAUCUUCACCAUCUUUGGUAUUCAAGGCGAGGUCGCUGGUGCUGUUCUUAUGACUUUUGAGUACAACAUUGACAUCCCAGAAUACCAAGGACUCAUUGUUCAUCGUCGUUCUAACUUCGACGAGGAGCACAUGGUGCGUGUUCAGGAGCUGCAGCAGAAGGCUAUCGCUUUUGAUGAUGCCAUCCAGAGGGAACAAGAAAGUCUUUCUCGUGGUAUCGGUGUCGGUGAUGGUGCUAGUAGCUUUGACAAGAAGCUUUUUGAAACCUAUAAGGCCGUAAAGGAUGCUGAAUGGGAGGCCCAGAGAGCCGCUUAUGCUUAA